AUGACAAAAUCAAAUACCAUAGUUAUCAAAUUGGGUAGCUCUUCUCUUGUAGAUGAAGUCACUAGAGAACCCAAGUUAUCCACCAUGACUCAAAUAGUGGAAAUCGUUUCCUGUCUGAAAAGAUUGGGUCACAAAGUCGUUAUUGUUUCUUCCGGUGGUAUCGCUGUUGGACUUGAUGCCAUGAACUUGAAGAAGAAACCGAGUCAGUUAUCGGAAAUUCAAGCCAUUGCCGCCAUUGGACAGGGGAAAUUGAUUGGAAGAUGGGAAAUGUUGUUUAGACAAUAUAAUGAGCAGAUUGCACAGAUCUUGUUAACCAGAAAGGAUAUUUUUGGUUGGACACAAUUUAAGAAUGCUCAAAAUACCAUCAAUGCCCUUUUGAAAAUGGGUGUGGUCCCCAUCGUUAAUGAAAAUGAUACUUUGUCAGUUAGUGAGAUUAAAUUUGGUGAUAAUGAUACUUUGUCAGCCAUCACAUCCGCCUUGGUUAAUGCUGAUUAUCUUUUCUUAUUAACUGAUGUGGAUUGUUUAUAUACGGAUAAUCCUAAAGUUAAUAAAGAUGCUAAACCUAUCUUAACUGUGUUUGAUAUGCAUGAAGAUAGUAUUUCUAAAGUGCUGGACACUUGCCCGAGUUUAAGUGAUUCCGGCUCCAAUAUUGGUACUGGAGGAAUGAGAACUAAGAUUACCGCUGCUGAUUUGGCUACAAAUGUUGGGAUACAUACAAUUAUUAUGAGUAGUCAAACCCCGGCAAAUAUUUUAAAAAUUAUUGAAUAUAUGGAAACGUCCAAUUUGAAAGUAGAUGGUGGUGUUUGUAGUAAUAAUGACUUAGAAUUGAAAAACCUGAUUGCCCAUGACGUUCCCUUACACACGAAAUUUAUUGCCAAUGAAAAUAGUGAAACUUAUCUUAAGAAUAGAGAAUUCUGGAUUCUUCAUGGAUUGGUCACUAAGGGUUCCAUUAUUAUUGAUAAAAAUUCUUAUAAAGAUUUAUUGAGGAAGAAGGAAAAAUGUAAAGGUUUGCUACCAAUAAGUAUUAUUGAUACUGAAGAUCAAUUCCAUGAAUUGGAAUGUGUGGAACUAAAAGUUGGUGAAAGGUUACCUAACGGUAAGGUUAAUCGUAAGGCUGGUUUGAAAGUUGUUGGUAGGGCGAGAUGUAAUUAUACAAGUUACGAAAUUAAUAAGAUUAAAGGAUUGAAAAGUGAUCAAAUUUUUGAAACGUUGGGGUAUGGCGAUUCUGCAUAUGUAGUUCAUAACGAGAAUUUAGCCCUGACUCCGCGUUAUUAA